AUCCUCCCACUGAGUCACUUUGGAUCUGCUGCAGUGGCGACUCCCAAUGACACAGAAUUUCACUCUUCAGUGAGCCAAGUACCUGCCCUGUUAUUUUGGGCUGGUCUGGGGCAAGCGGGAGCACUGACACACUAGACCCAAGACCUGAUUCUCCCCUCCUCGGCUCUGCCCUGUCAUUCACUUGGAAAAAGGCUGCCUUUGUUCUCCAGGACUUCAAAAAUGGCUUCAAAAGCUGCACAUUCUGGAAGACUACGUCCCAGAGCUGCCUGCUCGCUAUUGCUAAUGCUUGGCUACUUCAGCUGAAAUACCUUGGGUGAUGCUUUUCCAUUACUGCAGCGUGUCAGGUUCCUGUUUGGAUUUGAGCGUGGGGAAUGUCCUGGAGAGCGUCAGGAGCAUCUCUGCCCGGGGGCGCUUCUGCUGGGAAGGGAGGUCUUGUCGGAGCCACUUUUGGGAAACCGCGGUCUAUGAGAAAAGGUAACUCGGGAAAACACUGCAGAUUUGGAGCUGAAUCUACAGCCUUCUAGGAAAAAAAGCCAUUAAAUGUGCAAGUUUGGACUGGAGCUGUAUUUGUUUGGGAAGACUAUGGAUAGGUACCAGAGCUGGCAGCUGAGCUGUUUGAAUGCCAUCCUCCUUGUGCUGCUGUGGACCGGCAUUUCCCGUGCACAGAGGGACUGCACGGGUGCGGAGUGCCAGCCCCUGGACAACUGCAUCGAGGACGUGCUGGAGCCUGGCGAGUGCUGUGCCACAUGUCUGCAGCAUGGCUGCACGUGCGAAGGCUACCAGUACUACGACUGCGUCAACGUGGGCUUUAUCAACGGCAAAGUACCCGAAGGGCAGUCUUACUUUGUGGACUUUGGAAGCACUGAGUGCUCGUGUCCCAAGGGAGGAGGCAAGAUCAGCUGCCAGUUCAUGCUGUGCCCAGAGCUGCCCCCAAACUGCAUUGAUGCGGUGGUGCCAGCUGACGGCUGCCCGCAGUGUGGGAGAAUAGGUUGCCUCCACGAGGGCCAGAAGUAUGUAGCGGGGCACACCUUCCACAUGCCCCCCUGCAAGGUUUGCCAUUGCCCGAACGCUGGUGGUGAGCUGAUGUGCUACCAGCUUCCAGACUGUAACACCUUCGCCUUAAACACUGCAAGUCCGAUAGAUGCUGAAGACAGCGAACCAGAGAGGCACUACGACGAUCCGUACAGCUAUGACCAGGAGGCUCCAGAAGGAGACAACACUCAGGUGGAGUCUCCAAAAAAAUACAGGAGUUAUUCGUCCCACCUAGAGCAAGAGAGCAUCAGCCAAGAGCAAAGCGAGGAUUAUGACUAUCUGCCAGCCAGCGUUGCUCCUUCAGCUUUGGCUCCGGCCGAUCCGUACACUGAGGAAACGGCUGCGCCACUCAACACACCAGUGCCUCAUGUCCCCUCUGAAGUCCGCAGUGCCACAGAAAGAAGUGAGCGAAAGAGGGUGCCCCGUACCACUGCAGCUUCCCUGCAGCAAGUGAUGCAUAAGGAAGCACCAGUAACCACCAGUGCUCCCCCGGAGCACACAACAGCCGCCACUGAGGCACCCAAGCACCUGGAAGAACUGGAGAGGCGACCAAAGGGGAAGCAAGGGGAUAAAGAGAGGCCUGAGCAAGAAAGAGCCCCCCAUUCUAAAAUGAAAAAGCAUGCCAGAAAAGAAGACCCAGGGAACAGCAUGCAUCUAGGCUUGAAAGAGGUGAAUUUAACAGAUCCAAGUUGGUCAAAAUCUUCCCAUGAAACGCACGAGGGAAAUGCUUUCCCCAAGGUAAAGUUCAGUGCAACAACCUCUCCUCCUGUUGCUCUGAAGGAAGACCGUAGUCAGUCAUCCCAAAAGCAGUCACAGACGCUUUAUCGUUACCAGCCUGAGGAAGAUGGGGACCCCAACUCUAUUCACGCUAACCCCAGGUUACCAGAAGGUUCCACAAAGGAAUUGAUUGAGAGCUGCUGUGGAGCUGGACAGCAGUGGGCUGUAGACAACGGGGAGUGCACAGAAAUCCCUGUAAGUGGCAUGGAUGGUGAUAUUUGCAGAAUUGCUCAGAAGCAGUGUUGCAUCUCCACCGUAAAGGAGAACAGCUGCCUGGCUGGCAUGAUUGCUGCUAAGGAAGGAGAUGUUUGCGGACCGGAGGAAAGCGAUCCCUGUGGGGGAUCAUCGUAUAAGCAAUGCUGUGAUUGCUGUAAUCUGGGCCUGCGACUGAGGAGCGAGGGGAAAACCUGUGAGUCCAACAUAAAUCUAGGCUACCCCUGCAGUCAUGUGAUGCUGUCCUGCUGCGAAGGGGGAGAUCACUUUAUCCAUCCAGAAAUAAAAAGGCAUCCUGAACCUUUGCCAACAGUGACACCUGAGAAGGUUUCAGAGACAGAAGAUCACAAUGAAGCUUUGUCCAUCAGUAAUGAAGCUGAGCUGUCAAAUAACCUGCCUGGAGAUGACCUGGAUGAAUGUCUUAUCUAUGGUGGGGAACUCUGUCAGCAUUUGUGUAUAAACACCGUGGGCUCCUACAAGUGUUCCUGUUUUCCAGAAUUCACUUUGCAAGAUGAUGGGACCAGCUGCUCUCCAGACCCUGACAGAGGACAGGUGACAAGGCUGGAAGCAGAAGCCACCAUCCCUCCAGCAGCCUCUCCUUCUCAGCCUCUUCUCAUCGUGUCCUUACAAGAAGAGCAGGAUAAGUGUAAAGAUAACGGCCCCUGCAAGCACAUCUGCAAUAUUGUGGAAGGAAAUGUUGUAUGCUCUUGUUUGUCUGGAUAUACUAUCAUGGCUGAUGGGAUUUCUUGCGAAGACAUUAAUGAAUGCGUAACAGAUUCGCACACCUGCCAGCGGAGAGAGCAUUGCGUCAACACCAUGGGAUCAUUCAAAUGUCUCCAGGAAUUGAGCUGUCAGCCAGGUUAUGAACUUAAGGAUGGAGAAUGUGUUGAUAUUGAUGAAUGCACGAGAGGAACUCAUAGUUGUAAAGUAAACUUCGUUUGUCAGAAUACGGAAGGAUCAUUCUACUGUGAGUCAAAGCAGCGCUGCAUGGAUGGAUUUUUACAAGACCCUGAGGGAAACUGUGUUGAUAUUAAUGAAUGCACAUCUCUGCCUGAGCCAUGUAAACCAGGAUUCAACUGCAUCAAUACCGUUGGCUCUUACACCUGCCAAAGGAACACGCUGACAUGCAGCAGAGGGUACCACUCCAAUGAGGAGGGAACCCGAUGCAUCGAUGUGGAUGAAUGUCAAACGGGUGUACACCGUUGUGGUGAAGGGCAGAUUUGUCAUAAUAUUCCUGGGGCUUAUCGCUGUGACUGCAAGAUGGGAUAUCAGUACGAUGCAUUCAGCAGAAGCUGCAUUGAUAUAAACGAGUGCUGGAAUUAUCCUGGACGCCUGUGUCAGCACACAUGUGAGAACACCCCUGGGUCCUACCAUUGCACUUGUUCUUCUGGUUUCCGCUUGUCUUAUGAUGGGAAGCAUUGUGAAGAUGUGAAUGAAUGCGAUGCUAGUCCCUGCAGCCAGGAGUGUGCCAAUGUUUACGGUUCCUAUCAGUGUUACUGCAGACAAGGUUUCCAGCUAGCAGAAGAUGGGCAUUCUUGUAAAGAUAUCGAUGAGUGCACACAAAGUGCAGGCAUCCUUUGUACUUUCCGCUGCGUGAAUGUUCCUGGUAGUUAUCAGUGUGCUUGUCCUGAGCAGGGAUAUACCAUGGCAGCAAAUGGAAGAACCUGUCGAGAUAUCGAUGAAUGUGCAAUAGGAACCCAUAACUGUUCGGCUGCAGAGACUUGCUAUAACAUCCAGGGCGGCUUCCGCUGCCUGUCCUUCGAGUGCCCUUCCAACUACAGAAAAGUAUCUGACAUGAGGUGUGAACGAAUCAGUUGUUUUAAUUAUCUGGACUGCCAAAAUACCCCGGUGCGCAUUACCUAUUACCAGCUGAACUUCCAAACCAAUAUCGUGGUCCCAGCUCAUAUUUUCCGUAUUGGACCAUCGCCUGCCUAUGCUGGAGACAACAUAAUCCUUACUAUCAACAAGGGAAAUGAAGAAAACUACUUCAGCACUCGAAGGCUGAACUCGUACACGGGCAUUGUCUAUCUUCAGCGACAAGUGAAAGAGCCUAAAGACUUUUUGUUAGAUGUUGAAAUGAAACUGUGGCGUCAGGGAACAUACACUACUUUUCUUGCCAAAAUUUACAUUUUCAUCACAGCUCAUGCGUACUGAAGCAUGUAUCGACAUUGGAUUUUAUUGGUGCUAUGCUCUUUAACUGUUCUACCAAAGCUUAAUACUGUUGAACUGGCAUUUAAUGUAUCUAGCCUUUAUAUUAUUUUUCUAUCAAUGCUUUAAACUUUUUUAUUGGUUGUGUAAAUUAAGUUAAUUUUUAUCUUUGGUUUUGUUUUCUCAUGUAAUUCUUUACAUCAUCAUUGGACAAUGAGCGAAGGAAGGGUUAGAAAGGCAGUACAUACAUCGUGUUAAAUGCUGGAACCUUUUCUUAGAAAUUAUUUUUAGGUUUAGUCACAUCUGCAGGGUGUUGCACUAGAGAGGAAAAACGUUCAAUUGGGAGUAUUGGUUUUUGCCACUAAGGGAAAGAACCUUGAGCAAUUUCUCUUUAUUAUGCAAACUUAUGGUUUGGCUUAGCCACUGACUUCACCAAGGUUUCUCUGUGUUGAGAUGCUGUGUCGAAGGCCGUACGUGUACACUGACGGUUAGCUCACCUCAUAUUACCGGUUUAUUUUCCUCCUUCCAACUUUCAUAAUAUGUUGCCUAAAAAUAUAUAUAAAUAAAAGAAAACUCCACCAGUGAAAAAGCCUAUGAUUGAGUCUUGCUUUAGUAGGACUACUUAUAUGCUAAAUAUUUGCAAGACCAAGGCCUUACGAGCAUGUCAUGCUUCAGGGUAAAAGCUCACCUUGCCAUUUUUAGUAGUUGUCUGGGAUUCCUCUCUAUUCAAACUCAUUCUGUUUAGGUAACUGUAAGUGCAGAUUAGGUGCAUUAUAAUUCUUAGAGGAAUGUCAAAGAGGAAGCAUGGAAAUAAUGAAAUAAUCAAUUACUGCUCCUUAUUUUAAAGCUUGGGUGUGCCACUGAAGAAUCACUUGCAAUUUUAAAUAAACAAAAAGAGGAGUUGUUUCUCUUCUUCAAGAUAGUUACUUCAGUUGUGUUAAUAAAUGAUGCAGAGGAAAGCACUAGUUAAAUUGGCGGGUUGUGUUAUGCCAUUUAGAAAAUAACACAACCUAAGUUUUGAGCUGGAUUUCCUCUAGUUCUACAGGAAACUGGAUGAGGUCCAAAGCUGAAGGCCAGAUGUGGCAAAGCAUAGUAUAAUCGAAGUAUUUGUUAGAAUUUAGAAAUGAGUAUCAGAACUUCCUUAUGGCUAUUUUCUUUCUUUUUUUUUCCUGCCCAAAAAAGCAAAAAAGCUCCAGUGUUGAAAUUUUCUGAGCUUCCUUUGUUCCAGCUAUAAUUAUUCUGCAAAAUGUUUUAAAGGAAAAACAUAGCUACAAUAUAUUGAUGUUUACUACACUGCAGUUUAAGAAUCUGUUCUUUUCUACAGUGAUCUUAUUUUGCCUAGUAUGUACACACACAAAAAAAUUGAGAAAUCAAAUUUAUGGCUUUUUAUGCCAUAAUCAACGAUUUUAUUAUAUUGUAAAAUAUUUGUUUGAACUGCAUUUAAAAUCUUGUGAACACCACCUGUACGGUGAGAAGGGAGAUGUACUGUAUUCACGAUAUCCCACGGCCAGUUUCUUCCACUUCAAGUCAUUUCUUUAAUUUGGACUCUCUUAUCAAUAAUAAAGUGCAAAUCUUUCUGUAUCUGAUAUCAUAAAGACCCAUUACCAGGGAAAAAUUAUUGCUAUUCCCCAGCUGUAAAAUAUGGGAUAUCUGUGAGUUUGCAUACAUCAAGCUUUUCUUUGUUUUUUCUAUAAAAAUCAUUUUGUAAAAGUGAUCCUCUUCCA